GUUAUUUUGACAACAGAUGCAUCAAAAGUUGGUAUUGGAGGGACAUUACAACAACAUAUUAAUGGUGAAAUUAAAAAUCUUUACUAUCAUUCUCAAAUGACAUCAUCUAGUCAACGAAGAUAUGAUCCAAUUGAAUUAGAAGCUUUAGCAAUAUGGAUGUGCUUUCAACGUAUGCGACCAUAUUUGUUGGGAAGAUCAAUUAUUAUUUAUACAGAUCAUUGUCCGUUAUGUAACAUGAUGACGUCAUCAGUGAAAAAUCGAAGAGUUGAUCGAAUAUCAAUAUUAUUACAAGAAUUUAAUAUCGGCAAAAUUAAUCAUAUUAAAGGUCAAAAUAAUUGUUUAGCUGAUUAUCUAUCUCGUCAUCCAAUUCCACGAGAAGAAGAAAUAUUUGAUGAAGAUUAUGGCAUUGUUAAACGAAUUAAAGGGGAACCGACCGUUAGAGGAUGUGUUCCUGAUGAAAUUCCUCCACUAGUUGGAGCUAUUGUAACAAGAUCUAAAACGAAACAAUUACAAUCAGAACGAAAUCAAAAUUCAACAACAACACUAACAAAUCGAAAUAAGACAACAGUAUCACCAAUAGACGAAGAAGCUGAUCAGAUGAAAGAAGAUUCAUCACAAAUGAUUGCAAAUAAUUCAUUGGAUAUAGAACAAUUAAAGAUUGAACAAGGAAAAGAUUCGACUAUUCACCAAAAAAUCGCAGAAGUUCUGAAAGGUUCAGUAAACAGUUCUUAUGAAUUCAAAAAUGGUUUAUUAUAUAGGUUAAUGAUUAUGCGUGAAGGUUGUACUACGAAGAAAAAAUUAAUUUAUUUACCUUCAUCGAUGAUAAAUGAUCUUUUACAAGUUUAUCAUGGGGAUCCUCUCAGUGGUCAUUUUGGGGUUCAACGAACGUAUUUAAAAAUUAAAAACAAGUAUUGGUGGCCAAACAUGAAACAAUCGAUCAUUCAAUAUAUACAAUCAUGUUUACUGUGCCAGCAAUAUAAUAUUAGUAGAACAAAGAAACCUGGUCGAUUACAACCAAUUCCUCCACCUGAAGGACCAUUUCAAUUAAUUGGUAUGGAUUAUUGUGGUCCAUUUAAACCAACUCCACGUGGUAAUCAAUAUGUAUUAUGCCUUACUGAUUACUUCACAAGAUGGGUCGUUGCUGUUGCUGUACCUGAUUGCUCAGCUAAGACUACUGCUGAAGCAUUAUUUAAUGCAUUCAUUUGCAAGUAUGGGGUACCAGCAGUAAUACGAUCAGAUCAAGGAACGCACUUCCACAAUCAAUUAAUGAACGCAAUGUCGAAAUUGAUUGGAUAUGAUCAUACCUAUUCAACCACAUACCAUCCUCAAUCGAAUGGAAUGAUAGAGAGGUUUAAUGCAACAUUCGUACCUCAAAUCGCUAAACUUCAGGACAAAGAGCACAACAAUUGGGAUGAAUUUCUGUCACCUGUAGUAUUUGCAUACAAUACAGGGACACAUUCCACAACUCAAUAUUCACCAUUUCAAUUAUUAUAUGGUCGAGAACCAAGAUUGCCUACCGAUGGAAGAUUAUCUUCAUUUACAUUUCGUAAACCAAGUGAUUAUUAUGAACAAUUGAAGAAAAGUAUGAAAUUGAUACAUGGAUAUGCUCGUGACAAUAUUAUUCAAAAACAACAGCAGUAUAAAGUUCAGUAUGACAAAUUACGUCCUGAUCCUCAUUAUGCAAUAAAUGAUCGUGUUUUAAUUAGAAGACAUGGAUUACAAAAUAAAUUAGAACCAAAAUUUUCAAUUACACCACAAAAUAUUAUUUGUGCACAACAUCCUGUUUAUGUUGUUCGAGAUGAAACAACUCAUGUUGAAACACAAGUGCAUAUAAAUGAUAUUAGACCUAUUUAUAUUCAAAAUUAA